AGUUGAAAGUGGGAUUCCACUCCACUCCACCGGAAUUCCGUGGGGACGCUUACACGCAGCCUUUCUCCUUCUCCUUCUUCUUCUCUGGUUCUUGCGAAACCGUGAUUUUCUUCUCCGCUGGAACUACUAACUUGUCUUUGUUCUGCUCCAAGGUGAGGUAUUAUGAUAAGAACGCAUGGGUUUUGAUUCGAUACUGGGAUUGAUUUGCCUUUGAGACCAAUAAGCAGACCUCUUAUCUGAUGGCUGUCGCGAGGAGCAAUGGCAUCGACCUCCCUUGCAACUGCUACAAGGUUCCUGGUCUCAAAGAUCCCAUCUUGGAGACUCCCCAUAUCUCCUACCUUGAGGACAGGUACACACUUGGCCAGAAGUUGGGCUCGGGACAGUUCGGGCUUAUCCGAGCAUGCUCUGAUAUGCUCACCGGCGAGACAUUGGCCUGUAAAUCUAUUGCUAAGGACUGCCUUCUCUGCCCGGAUGACCUCAGAAGUGUGAAGCUUGAGAUUGAGGUCAUGGCCAGGCUUUCAGGCCACCCAAAUGUGGUUGACCUCAAGGCUGUGUAUGAGGAUGUUAGAUUUGUGCACCUUGUCAUGGAGCUUUGUGCAGGCGGAGAGCUCUUCCAUCGGCUUGAGAAGCAUGGCCGGUUUCCUGAGCCAGAGGCUGCGGUUUUGUUCCAGUGCCUUAUGGAAGUGGUGAUGUAUUGUCACGAUAAGGGUGUUGUUCAUCGGGAUCUCAAGCCGGAGAACAUUUUGUUGGCUACCAAGUCAUUGUCGUCCCCCAUUAAGCUGGCGGAUUUCGGGCUUGCAACUUAUAUCAAACCUGGUCAGAGCUUGCAUGGGACUGUAGGGAGUCCUUUUUAUAUAGCUCCUGAGGUGCUAGCUGGGGGUUACAAUCAAGCAGCUGAUGUUUGGAGUGCGGGGGUUAUUCUGUAUAUUCUUCUGAGUGGGAUGCCUCCCUUUAGGGGGAAGACAAAGUCGAGAAUUUUUGAUUCGGUUAGGUCUGCUGAAUUGCGGUUUCCUUCUGAUCCAUGGGAUCAUGUAUCUGAAUCUGCAAAAGAUUUGAUUGCAGGAAUGCUUUGUAGGGAUCCUUCUCGGAGGCUCAGCGCCAAAGAGGUUUUAGAUCAUCCAUGGGUCAAGGGCAUUGCGCAGCAAGCUCAAAGCCCAAAUAGCAAAAGUAAUGAAUUUGGUUUUGGGCAAAAAGAUUUAGUAGGCUUUACUUUAUCUACUUCUGUCAUCUGCAAAACUCGUGAUUUCAGUUUUGGCCUGGAUAAUCCUAUACCCUGUGAAAACCAGCAGGACCAGUCCUCAGCAUUUACGUGUAGGUCAUCAUUCUCCUCCUUCCUUGUUGAAACCACACCCUCUACUGGUACAGGUUUCUCCUUUGACUGCAGCUGCGAGUGUAGCAGUCCUCGAUUCUCAACUUCAGUUCCAUUUGUUUCGAGCUUUUCUUUUCUAAGUCCAUCUUCCUCUGGUGAGCAACAAUCUGAAUCUGCUUCGCAGAUCAACAUGGUGGCUCCCAAUACAACCCAAAUAGAUUCUAGCUGUGAGAAACUUUUCAUGCCUCCAGAUUCCUCUGCAAGUUCUGCACAUGAAAUCAGAGAAAUUGAUAAUAAAAGACCAGAAUUCAGAAGAGGGUUGGGUGUCAGUUCACGAGUCAUCGGCUUGCACAGCAGGAGGAACCACACCAUUGGUCUUGGUGAGCUGGAUCAGCUUGAUCUAAUGGUCUCAGAGUCUGUCAUUCGGUGGGCAUCAUGUACUCAUCUCCCAAGUGCAGCAUCCCUUUGGUCCUCACUUGUCUGUUGAGGCACUAUUACUUGGCAUGAACUGUUGCAGUAUUUUUUUACCUAAUGUAAGGCUGGUAUCUUGAAAUGUUGGAUCAAGGGUAUCUGUUGCCGGCGUAGUUUUUGUUUUGAUCUGUUGUCCUUGAUGGGCUGUGUUUCCUGUGUGAAUACCUGGACUGUAUCCUGGUGGUGUUGUACUUUGGGAUGGAAGAGCUAUUUGUGUUUUGUUUCAGUGUUGCCAGGCUAAUAGAAAAUUUGUUACUUGAUCUCACAUAUCAUCUCAGUUGUAGGAUGUUUACAAAGUUUGAAGAAAAUAGAAAUUUUUACUG